AUGAAGUUCAGUCUUGGAGGAUUCGCCGUCGCUGCGUCUCUUGGCGCUCUCGCUAGUGCUGCAGACUCGUCAUGCCCCGAUUACACGACCUAUUCGCAGUCGCCUCAGGGCAAUGCGUCCACCGGUUCCCUAGGUCUCCCGUACAUGAGACCCGAUCCGGCAUGUCGUACUUUUAACAGCUCUGUGGUCGAGAAAGUCAUUUCAGACGUGACUUCGCGUAUGAAAGACCCUGAUCUCGCUCGCUUGUUUGAGAAUACCUUCCCCAACACGCUUGACACAACAGUGAAGUACUUCAACUCGUCUGAGAAUCUGGCCUUCAUCAUCACUGGAGACAUCAAUGCUCAAUGGCUACGUGAUACCGGCAACCAGUUUGCACAAUAUCGCCCUCUUCUUUCUCAAGAUAAGGAACUGGCGACGCUCGUCAAGGCAGUCAUUAACAACGAGGCUCGGUAUGUUAGCGAGUAUCCGUACUGCGGUGCCUUCCAGCCUCCCCCCGAAAGCGGAUUGCCGCCCACCGUCAAUACUUACGCCUUGUUGGUCGACACUGAGCCUCCGGUCAAUAACCAGACAGUCUUUGAGUGCAAGUACGAGCUUGACUCUUUGGCUGGGUUUCUCAAGCUUUCUGUCUCUUACUACACCGAGACGAAGGACAAGGGCAUGAUGACCGACCAAUGGCUGAACGCCAUCGAUCAGAUCUUCCAAGUCAUCAACAACCAGUCACAGGCAUCGUUCGACAGCAACUGGAACUGGUACUCGUCGUACAACUGGACGGGCGAGCCUGGGUCGUAUUCUCCUCAGGUUGUCAAUGACGGAGCCGGCGAGCCCAGAGGUUACACUGGACUUGUUGGUAGCCACCACAGGCCUUCGGACGAUAUUUGCAUAUUCCCCUUCAUCACCUCCGACAACGCUAUGAUGAGCGUUGAGCUCACGAACUUGGCCAAUGUUUUGGAUGACGCUCAGAUUAUGCCGAAUAUCAGUGCGAUGGCGAAGAACUACAGUCAGACUAUUCAUGAUGCCAUUUGGAACCAUACGGUGGUGGCUGGCGCCUUUGCGUAUGAAACAAAUGGCUUAGGAUCGACCUACAUAAUGGACGAUGCCAACGUACCGUCCCUGCUUUCGCUCCCUUACCUCGGCUUCCUCGGAAUGAAUGAUUCGACAUAUGUUGCGACUCGCAACCGUGUGCUCUCUCGUGCCAACCCGUAUUACGCUCAGGGUAUCAACUUCACCGGUAUCGGUGGCCCCCACGUUGACGCGUGGAACCCGUGGCCCAUGUCUCAAAUCACAAACAUCUUCGGAACUGAUAGCGAUGAUGAAAUCAUAAAAUCGCUUGGCCUGAUCGCCAACAAUACCUACGGCCUCGGACUUAUUCACGAGUCCGUCAACAUAUACAACGGCUCCGAUUACACUCGUCCGUGGUUUGCUUGGGCCAACAGCUACUUCUCCGAGAUGAUUUUGGACUUGGCUCAGAGGAAGCCGCAUCUAAUUUUUACGGACAAUACGCCCUACAUUAUUGGGAACUCGACGUCGUCGAACUCUACCUCGUCCUAG